GUAAAGAAAACAUGUUGCUGUUUACCAGCGAACUGUUCAUUCCUAUUAUAUAACAAAUCGAUAUUUGCGUAAAAUAAGCUGCUGGUGCGUUUAGAGAGAGAGAGAAAGAGAGAGAUGUGUCCAGGUGUCUUUGCCUGAAGCUGAACGUGUCAGUUGAUGGGUUUUCCAGCAAUGUGCUUCUCCAUCCUUCUGCCGCUUUCUCAUUUCCUCAUGAUAAUGACACUUAGAACCUUCGAGGCCAGUUAAUCAUCCUUGAUUAAAGCAGGAUCCAAACCCUCUCCUUCUCGCUUUUGAACGUUGCAUUUGAUGCGUCUUCUAGCAACGCAGCUUCUCCAUCCUUCUGCCGCUUCCCAUUUCCACGUUCUCAUGCAUCGAAGCUUCGAGUUCAUUUAGUCUUCCUUCCUUCAUUAAGCAGCAUCCAGAUCUUCUCCUCCUCGCCUUUCCUCUCGUGUGCGAUCUGAACAUAUCAAGGACCCUUACCUCUAAACUCACUCUGUCUCUCUGUGCCUGGAGAAAUGGCUCUGGUGUCUCGUUUAUCUUUGAAAAGUGCGGUAAGAAGGGCACUCUCUAUUGGGCAGCGUGAGAAGUUGGGCAUCCGUUGGCUUUCGAAUUCGGUGGAGAAACCCGAACAAGGCUCCUACUCCUCCCCUGGUCAAGACAUCGCAGUUUCCGACAAAGAGGAGAAAAGCAGGACACCUUCCAGGCGCGGCGGAGGAAGGUGGCGCAGGAGCAGAGCUGGACGGGACACCUCUGGCCUUGUCCCUUUCGGUUUUGAUGAUUUCUUUGCACCGAUGGGUCUGGGAACCAGAAUGCAGCAGGCCCUCGACAACCUGAACAGGAUGUUGGGGAGCUUCUCGCCGGCGAGGUUCGACGAUGACCUGAUGACGGACAUGUCGCCGGACUACUGGUUGACGGAGGACGACGGGUCGUACAGGGUGAGGUUCGAGAUGCCUGGGCUCAGCAAGGACGACGUCAAGGUCACGGUUCGAGAGGGCUACCUGAUGGUGAGGGGGGAACACAAGGAAAGUAGGGAGGACUCCGGCGGAGAAGGGCCCGGGAGCGUGUGGUCGAGGAGCUACGGCUACUACUCCUCCAGCUUCCUGCUGCCGGAAAACGUGAAACCCGAGGAGAUAAAGGCGGAGAUGAAGCACGGGGUGCUGGAGAUCGUGAUUCCUAAGGCGGAGGGCGAGGCAAGGAAUGUGAAGGAGAUACAGGUGAUCUGAGAAAUGGCAGAGGUGGCUGUGUUAUGGGGAGCAGCUGAUUCGCUUUUGCUGUGUUUUGAGUUCAUCUGUAUGGGGAAAAUGUUACUAUAUGGCUGUUUAGGUUUUUGCGUGUGACAUGUGUGCAGGCCUUUGCCUCUUCCUGAAGAGAGAAAGGCUAAUGCAUAAUCGGUCGGUUGAAUGUAAAUUCUCGCUGUAUUUCAUACUUGAUUCCUGGGUCACUCUUUAUCUCAGAACACUUUUCAAAAGCCGAACCAGAUUUGU